AGUCGCAGUCGGUUUGACCGGAAGAAAUUGUGUUUACAGCUAAACAUCAGGCUUUGCACCACGUUAGCGUUGUGGUCCGUCAGUCACCUCCUGUAUGUUGUUUGAAAUAGUAACCGUUCGUCUGACACAUUGGACAAUUUCUUGGAAAUAUUAAAUGUGGCUUAUUUACAGCUAUCUCCUCCGCUGACGAGAGACUGACCAUCAUUGCAAUGACUUGGUGGCUAACGUAGCGGAGUUAGCCAGCUAAAGCUAGUAACUUCUCGGAGCUAAGGUAGUUUACAUACAGCUAUAACAGCCUGGACCUAGGGUGAGCCACAAUGGGCGCAGAGAGCAGUGCUGUGAAGAGUUGCACUCUGGAGGAACCUCUCCUCACUCUGCCCUCUGGGCUCACCAUGCACUCGGCACUUCUCCAGGAUGGCAAGCCCGCGUCGGUGUUUGUUCACAAGCAGGGAAAUGAAGACAAAGUCAACAAAGCUGCUAAACACCUGAAGACCUUGAGGCACCCGUGUCUGCUGCGCUUCCUGUCCUGCUCGGUGCAGAACGGCGCCAUCCAUCUGGUGACGGAGCGGGUGCGGCCCCUGGAGCUGCUGCUGGACAGCUUAUCCCCGGAGGAGACCUGUGCCGGCAUCUAUGACCUCCUGCAGGCCCUCGUCUUCCUCCACGAACGGGGAAAAUCAAGUCACAACAACGUGUGCAUGUUGUCCGUGUUCGUGAGCGAUGAUGGCCAUUGGAAGCUGGGAGGGAUGGAGACCGUGUGCAAGUUCUCGGAGGCAACCCCCGAGUUCCUCAGCAGCAUCCAGAACGGGAGAGAUGCCAGUUCUGUUCCUCCAGAGGAACAGGUCGAGGGCUUCAAAACACUGCCUGAUAAACACGCACAUUCUCGGGACUGUUUCUCUUUCGGCGUGAUGGUGGAGACACUUCUUCCGCUUCUGAACGGCUAUGUGUCGGACGAGAUGUCGGAGAGCCUGAAGACGACCCUUCGGACCAGCCUUUUGACCACCGACCCUUCCUCCCGGCCUCCACUGCGCUCUCUGCUGACUCACGACUUCUUCAGAAAUGACUUUCUGGAGGUCAUGAAUUUCCUGAAGAGCCUCACCCUGAAGACGGAAGAGGAGAAGAAUGAAUUUUUCAAGUUUCUGUUGGACCGGGUCCAGAACCUUCCAGAGGAGCUGAUCGCUGCACGACUCGUCCCCAAACUCCUCAACGGCCUGGUGUUCGCAGAACCCAUGGCAGUCAAAAGCUUCCUGCCUCAUCUCCUAAAGCCAAAGACGGAUCCCAGCAGCGGAGAGAGCGUCGAGGAGUGCCUGCUCUCCGUGUCCCUCUAUCGACGGCACGUGGUGCCCCAGCUCCUCAAGCUCUUCAAGGUCAAGGAGGAGCACGUUCGCCUCGUGCUGCUGGCCCACAUCCACGUCUACGCCCAGCACUUCUCUCACGACGAGCUCAAGACACACAUCCUACCUCAGGUGUUAGUGGGAAUGAGGGACACCAACGAUUAUCUGGUGGCCAUGACGCUGCAGAGCCUGGCGGUACUGGUGCCGUUGCUAGGCGCCCAGGUGGUGGUGGGCGGAGAACGGACCAAGGUGUUCAAGCGCACCACGCCGAACUUCAGCAAGUCCACGGAGGUCACUCCUGAAACAUCUCCCAUCCAUAUAGUUAGCGUGCCCCUUCCCCAGAUUGCACAGCCUUCAAUGGUCUUGAAUCUGCUCCCCAAAGCGAUCAGCGUUGGGGGGCCGGUCCUGGGGGACUUGAGCAGGCUACAUGACGGUAGAGAGUCCCAUCGUGGCUACCCGAAUCCAGGCCAGUCAACCAUCAGUAGGGACAUGUCUCUCCCACUGAACGGCUUCCGCCAAAACAGUGAGCUGGAGUCCCCGGCCUCCAGCCCCGACCCGAAAGAGACGGUGGCUAGCCAGCGCGACGACUGGCCUGACUGGAGUGACUCGGAGGAGGGGGAGAAGAGGGAGACGGGGGAGAAGAGGGAGACGGGGCUGCCGGUCCAGAUUCACAUCCAGAGCGAACCUUCAGCCGAGCUGCCUCUCGCACCCUGCCUCGGGGAAGGGGAGCCCUGGGACGAUAUCGAGGACGGAGAACCAGCGGCUGACGUCUCCCCGACGGCCCCCUCACCAGACCCCAUCGUCCGCCCCGCGCCUGCCGGGGGCCCGACGUCCUCCGCACCUUUAAAACAAACGGUGGAAACGCUCCGAUUGGGGCUGGCCUCCGCCAAAGCCCUCCGACUGAGCUCCUCCGCGCAGGCCUCCACACAGAGCAUGGUCUCCUCGUCAUGGGACAACGGGUGGAGCGAGGAGGACAAGGACUUCCAGAAAUCGCCCCAAAACACUCUGUCUAAAUACAGAACCAAGGGCGCGGCGCCCAGGAUGAACGGGGCGUCGGUGGGCGGGCUCGGGGAGGAGUUCACCAUCGAGGUGAAGAGGAGGCCGGACAGGGACCCAGAGCUGGACCUGUUUGCGGACAUGGUGCCGGACAUUGUGAUGUCCUCUCCCACUUUGGUGCUGCCCGUUGACGGCGGUUUUACAGACUGUGGAAAGGCCACAGCUGGACUCCAUGGUGGGCCCACGCAGCCCGACGCAUCCGUCACAAUCACUGGCAGGUUCGCAGCGACGGAGACAACAGAGACUGAGACCGAGGGCUGGGAUGAUGGAGAGGACCUCAACUGGGAGGAUGAGAACGUUUGGUAGUGACACUCAUCCAGAAUAACAUUAUGAAAGACUAUGAAUGAUGAACCACUGGAAUUACAAAUGUCCAGGGGUGUGUCUGCGUCAUCUUAAUGCAACACAUUUCUCUAAUAAGUCAGUGAACAGUCAUUUUCCUCCCAAUAUGAAAGGUGUUCGAUCAUCGUUUGAAAUGGUGAUGCAGUGCUACCAAUGAUUGGUUGGUGGUGUAGAAUGCUUAAAUUUUGCGACAUACUGUAUAUACAUACACGUAUGUAUUGAUGCCAGUGUCAACAUCAGGGUACUACAACUUUUUGUACUGGAAAGAGAGGCUUGUGGUGGGGUAUAACCAGCUAGACUGGGACGGGUAUAAGAUGAUAUUUUAGUUUUUUGCCAAAUUAUGAUUAGAGCUAUAGAAUAUAUGAAGAAUCAAUACUUCAAGUUGGGCUUAAUGACUUUAUUUUCCAUCUGCCUUGUUUCUUUUGUGCCAUAAAUGACUUGGGAUUAGGAUAAACUUGAGAAGACAUGGCUUGUCCAAGGUUAAUUGAACGGUUGUUGAAAUGGCACUAUGAAUGUUGAUUACAGAGAUGGAUUUAAUUUAUUAGCUUUCUGGGUUGGUGGAGAAAUAAACUUUAUGGUAUAGGAUACGUUAUUGCCUCGUCUGUAACGUGUCUAAAGUCUUACAUUUUCGUAAUCUAUAUCAAUGGAUGCAUUUAACAAAGUUUGGUUUUAACUGAAUAAAAUGUGUUUCUUCCAAA